UUAUGGGCAAAGUAAGUAGCUCAUAACUCAAAUUAGGUCACCGCAUGAAAUAGUAAUGCAGACACGUGGGCGGAAGUCAGGACGUCAUCAAAACAGUGAGGCAGGAGAGGAGCGGGCUAGCCCGUCAGUGGAUGUGACACGCUUACAAAUAGAUAGAAAACAACCCAGAGAGACAGGAAACCAUGAACCGGACACAGGAGCGUGUUUAGCCUGCUCGAUUCAUCUUGGAAUUCCGACUGUUGUGUUAUUUUUCUCCCUUUCUGAGUCCUCGGAGGCAGCAGCACCAUGGUGGAGAAGUCGGACCGAGCCCCGCUGCUGGACUGGGAGGAGAUCCCACCGUCCGAUCCGAACCAGGCGGCCCCACCACAGCGGGAGGGAGACCCACCGGCGGAGAAAAGUUCGCAGCCAGUCGGGCGGACACCGACAGUCACUGCGGCUGGUACUGGGUGGAGCAGCAGCAGCAACGGCGGCAACACCACCGCCCCCCCCACCACCACCAUCACCUGCAGCCCGACAGGGAGCCUAACAGCUGUUGUUGCCAGCGGGGACGGAAGCCCGGGCCGCCCGCGUUCAGAGCACUGUGGGCACGGGUGUUACCGACCGGAGCCUCUCGGUACAGAUCGGAAUGUUCUCUUUCCCGGCCUCUCGGUGAGAGAUCAAUGGGAGGAAAAAGACCAGAUCGUGGCUGUGUUUGUGGUUACAUUUGAUACAAGAUCAGGGAACAUGGUAGAGUGGUGCUUGCCUCAUGACAUCAAUCUGGAUGGAGUUGAAUUCAAGUCAAUGGCCAGCGGCUCCCAUCGGAUCACCAACGACUUCAUAUAUUUCCGUAAAGGCUGUUACUUUGGGCUGGCCUGUUUCGCUAACAUGCCUGUGGAGAGCGAGCUGGAGCGAGGAGCCAGGAUGAAGUCCGUGGGUAUCCUGUCUCCCUCCUACACUCUGCUUUAUCGCUACAUGCACUUCCUGGAGAACCAAGUCAGACACCAGUUGCAGUGCCCGGGCCAGUAUUCUCCACUGGAGGCUUUCUAUGAGGAUAAGAAAGCAGUCCUCCCCCCUACAGGAAAUGGCCUCGUCACCGCUUGCCCGACCUGGAGUGUUACCACAAUCAACCGCUGUAUGCACCCAGAAAUGAAGAUCACCCACCCAGCUGGCUGCAUGUCCCAGUUCAUCCAGUUUUUCGGCGAGCAGAUCAUGGUGCUGUGGAAAUUUGCGUUGCUUAGGAAACGUAUCCUCAUCUUCUCCCCUCCACCUGUAGGCGUGGUCUGCUACAGGGUGUACUGCUGUUGUAGCCUGGCCAACGUCUCCUUACCUGGAAUUGGAGUUACUGUGCCUGAAUUACGGCCUUUCUUCUACAUCAACAUAGCCGACAUCCCAGCCCUGGAAACAGAGCUGUCAUACGUAGCCUGCACCACAGAGAAGAUUUUUGAGGAAAAGAAGGGGCUGUACGACGUCUACAUUGACAACCAGAAUGUGAAAACGCACAGGAGCCAUUUGCAGCCGCUGCUGCGACUGAAUGCAGCAGAUAAGGAGAAGUACAGGAAGCUGAGUGAACAGAGGCAAAUGUUGCUGUACUCUCAGGAAGUGGAUGGAGACUGCACAUCAAACGAAGAGGAUCUUUUCAUUCUAUUCUUCAUGGAGCUGAAUAACCGCAUCUUCCAGACGCUGUCAGAGGUAGCAGGGAGCCAUGAUCCCACCCUCACCGCUGAGCACGUGAGGGCCAUGGGGCUGGAUCCCCAGGGCGAUCACUCCUUCCUGCUCGACCUGCUGGAGGUGUACGGUCUUGACAUCACGCUGGUCAUUGACAACCUCUGCUGCUCCUGAGCCCCCCUCCACCUCGGAAGCUUGGGAAUGCCACUGGAUAUCUGUGCCUUCAAGGCCCACACACACACACCAAAACACUAAAGACACUGCCUUCACCCUGGGACUUCAUCUGUCGCCCGCUGUCCCCUUUUGGGUGUUUGUUUUUCUUAUGUGUGUGUUUCAUCUGACCUAUGGAGACUGUUUCCAGCUAGUGUGGGUGAUAAGGACUGGCCCACAGUGGUUGAUAAACACCUGGCAGACCAUGCUCCUUGGCACCUCCGUGCUCUUACAGCCAUCUCAUGUUCCUCAGUGCUGUUUUUCAGUCAGAAAUAUUGUUUUCCUGUGUGUGCUCGUCUCACUUUGUUUCCGGCUCAAGUGGCCAGGCUGUCCGCACUGAAUGAAAAUCUAGAAGUCUUCAUCAGGUUAGGUCUGGUUCUUCACUGCACUCAUCACAACUUCUGAAUAGUGUCAUAUUAUUUGUGGAAAGGUUUUACUGCUGGAAGAAAAUUGUGCCCUUAAAAUACUUUAAUUGAGAACUCUGGCCUUUAUAAUGUGCAAAUUGAGCAGACUAACUCCUGCUAUGAUAUCACACUUGGAUAUUUCUCUUUUUUUUUGGUAAAGCCAUUUUUGGCAUUAGUGAAAAUGAAAUGCUUUUUAACCACUGUGUUUCUCUUUCAAAAAGGAAGCAAUAGGUGUUAGUGUGUGUUAUUUGAAAUGAUCGUCCUUUUUCGUGUACUUUUGAUCUCACAGUCAAAUGUGGUUGUUUUUUUUCGAGUUUUUGACUAUUUUGUUCGCAAACUGAAAGUGAGAGGUGAGGCGAAAGUGAAACAUGUUUGUUAAUGAGUGCGAUAACCUCUUUUUAUAAUGGGAAUUGUUAAUGAUUAUGAAGCUGAAUAAGCUGUUAUAACUACUUUGAUCACUUUGAUGCACCUUCAACACGAGGUAGAGCACUGUUUGAUAAGGUUUCUGGGUUUGAUUCACAGUCAAUGUGCAAGGGAAGGGGGACGUUCUGGAAACUUCUAUCUUAUCUUCAUUUUUCGGAACUGGCGGAGGAAUUCUAUGGACUAAUUUACCAUGAAUGCUGCACCAUGUCCACCACUGGACUAGUUCCUGAUGCACACAGUGAUCAUGCAUAACUGUAAUUUUUUUUUUUAUGAUAUGUUGUUUAUGUCUGAGCCAGCAAGUGGUUUUGGAGCGGAGGAGUUUUCUGUGCGUGUGUUGUUGUGAUACUGUGGACAGGCUUUCAUUGUUUUUUAAUACUUACGUAUACCAGAGGCUGGGUCAUCAGUGAAAGCAAAUAUAUGGACUGUGAUCCUGUUGAAUGAAGAGUCCUUGAUGGAGCCGUUUGUAGUUUACUUGUUGAUCAGCUUCAAAGGGAUCCUCUCCGCUUGUCUGCGUCCGUCACAAAGAUCCCUUUGUGUUUUUGGAGAUCUGGUGAUGUCACGACGAGAGCUGAGCAGAAGCUUUAACUCCACCUUAAUUGGCAGAUUCACAGAAAGGCCCCCUUCUGUUCCGACUGAGGGUUUCUCUCAGUCCUUUUCAUCACAGCCCCAUUCAGUGAAUCCAGCUCUAGAGACAGGCCAACUGUGUCUUUUGAAUACUGCUGGCAGACGGGUUUAGUUAAUCCAUCACGUUGCCAAUUUGACUGAUCAUUUGUUCCAUGUUGGAACACCUAAGACUGAGGCUUGCCACGUAUAAAAUUGGAGUUGUAGUUCUCAACCUUCUCAGAAAGCCCCUGGUGCAAUCUUGUAAUGUACAAGACUGUGAAUCUAAACACCAAGUCAUCUUUUUUUAUUAAAACUUAUUUAAAAGCUUAUUUAAUUAACAGGCCUUCAAAUAUUCUUGAUUGUCACAUUCCAAAAAUGAUCUUUCGAGGGCUGAUCUCCAGGUUGAGAACUGCUGAUUUACAGCGUGGUCUUGUAGCCUGUACUGUACCUUGAUUUGACCCCCAAGAUGUUUUCUUUGUGGGUUUGAAAAUGGGAAAAAAAGUAUGUAUUGUAUUUGAAAGUGAAGGACAGCUAAGCUUUAUUGUUUAAAUGGGGCCUUAAGGAAAUGUGACAUGUUCUCAAACCUUAAUACAGCAAACUCACUUCUGUAUUUACAUCAAGUGUAUUUGCUGAAAGAUUAAGUACGUUUGUCCUUAGCACUGCUAAAUAACCUUAACGUCUCCAGUGGAAACUGUUGACUCUGACUGGUCUAUUCACUUGUCAGCAAACGCAUUCUUUUGCCUCUGACAUUGUUUGCUUUACAGGUGUAUGUAAAUCAUAAAAGGGAAUGUACACAACACACACACCACUGUAUAAAAAUGCCUUCUUUGUGGAGUCCUUCACAGAUGUGUACCAGCAUUCGCUAAAUGAACCAUUUGUACAGCGUGUCACUCUACUGAAUGUCAAAGACAGCAAAAGUAUUGCACACAAUGCAGCCUCACAUCCAAGUAGUGUAACUGUUUUCUUCUUGAUUGUAAUGUAAGUCAAAAGUAUUCACACAAUAACCAAUAAGUCUUCACCUUUACUAAUGUGAAACACUGUAAGAGAUGUCAGUAAUGUACACAUAAACUCAAUAGCAUGAGCAACUGUUAAUUCCACUGUACUGCCAUUGUGAAACAAUAAAACAUUGAUUCAGUUUAA